CGGUCAGGGCGGGGCUGCACCUGUGCAGGUGAGGAUGGGGGCAGGAACGCUGGUUUCACUGAUGUGUCGUGUGAGAGACAGCUGAUCUAUGAAACACUCGCAGUAUUUAGCGAGCGUUUUCUGAAGGCUGAGCGUAUUGCAGGUCCGUGAAAUACUUCUGUAAGGAGCGAGGAAGAGUUACAAAAUAUUUACGAGCUUUGACUGCUUUCGUAAGGAAGAGGAUUUCAUUCAGACAACCCUGUGAAGUUUUUUCCAGGAAGCUAGCAUCAUGCCGAAAAAAUCAAGCCGUCCUCCUGCAUAUGGUGGCAGACAUCAUCACCGUUCCACCCAUCGCACAGCUUCUUACCACCCUGAUGAAAUGCUUCACUUUUACCGCUGGACAUCACCCCCAGGUGUCAUGAAGAUUUUGUGCAUCAUCAUCCUCAUUUUGUGUGUGGCUAUGUUUGCCUGCAUAGCCUCCACACUAGCAUGGGACUAUGAUGCCAGUGCCAUGGGCCUUGGGGAUCUUGGGAUGGGCUAUGGAGGCAGCUAUAGCGGUGGAGCGUAUGGCGGUGGUGGAUAUGGAGGAAGUGGGAGUGCCGGAGGCUACGGCUAUGGAGGCGGCAUGUACAUGGAUCCGAAAUCAGGGAAGGGCUUCAUCAUCGCGAUCGCUGCAAUCACCUUUAUUGCAAUGCUCAUCAUCUUCAUCCUGGCAGUGUCGAGACAGAAUGCUGCACAGUCUCCCUCAUUCUACCUGGCCUCCAUCAUUAUUAGUGCCAUCCUGGCUGCACUAAUGCUCAUUGCCACCAUUGUGUACCUGGUCGCUGUUAACCCCACUUCUCAAACAUCUGGAUCCAUGAUGUAUACUCAGAUGUUGCAAAUGUGUGCACAAUAUAAGAACCAAGAUCAGGCCUCUGGGAUCUUCAUCAAUCAAUAUUUAUACCACUACUGUGUAAUGGAGCCUGAAGAGGUCAUUGCUGUUGUUCUUGGGUUUCUGGUUGUGGUCGGAUUGAUCAUCUUACUUGUAUUCGCUGUGAAGACCCGAGGGCAGAUCAGGAGAUACGGCAGGGAGCGUGUUCUGUGGUAUGACGUGAAGACCAUCACCAGCGGCCUCACGUCUCAAGGCAUCGGAGAAUGGGUAAAUAAUGUGUCUGGAGAUCCAGAGGCUUUUGUCAAUGACCACAAUGACCGAUUCAGUGUUGCACAGCCAAUGGUUCACAGCCAGAAGCCAAUUUACCUUCCAAGGUAUGGUUCUGACUGGACAAGCUCUUUAAGUGGAAUGAAGGGCAAACUGAGAGACUAUGACCCUGGAGAGUCUGGAGAAGAGCUGGAUACUGGCUAUGAAAGUGAGUAUCCUCCCAUCAUUAAUGAGCAGGAGAGGCUUGAGUACAAGAGAGAGUUUGACAGAGACCACAUGGAGUACAAGCGUCUUCAGGCUGAGCUAGAUGAUAUUAAUCAGGGCUUGGCAGAAGCAGAUCGAGAGCUGGGCAGCUCACAGGAAGGCAGCCCACAGUUCAUGGAUGCCAUGGAUGUAUACAACAGGCUCAAAAGUUUGAAGAAGUCUGCAGACUAUCAGAUGAAAAAGAAAAGGUGUAAACAGCUGAAGACAAAACUGUCCUUGAUCAAAAGAAGAGUCAGCGACUAUGACCACAGACAAUAAAAACCUGGCAAUGGAAACUCGGGAGGGUAUAUUAUGUCACAUGAUGGGUUUUUCUCAGGACUUUACUAUAUGUGUAUUUCUGUAUUAAAAAUCUGUAUCACUGUAUUAUUAUCAAGAACUGUAUGGCUGCUUUAUUAGAGAGUUUUGCUUUUGAGCCAAACUAAGCUUGAUCAAAAUAUUGUGGUAUCAAUGAAGUAUUUUGUUUUAUUUUUUAAAGCUAAAUGAAGUCUCUUUUUAUCUUUUGCCGCAGACAUUUAGUCAAGUCAAAGUUAGUGUUUCUUAAAACUGAGCAAGACUGUGACCACUAUUUGUUGUAGUUUUAGGGAUCUUCAAGCAAAGAGAUUCUAAUGUUGUUUGUUAUAAUGAUGCCUUACUGGAUGUUUUUUUUACCUUAAUUUUUUUUUUUUUACUUCUUGAUUAGUCUGUCACCAGAAUAGCAAUCUAUUCUGUUGUUGUUUUUUUAAAUUUAAUUAAACACUUAUAGAAUGGAUGUGAGUUCAAUUACAAUUAUAUCAUUUAUAUAAUUCGGCUCUUUCAGAAAAUUAUAUCAAAUUUAUAGAGAACAUGUCGUUGAAAAGUUUUAAUGUGGCAGGCUAAUUGUGUUGAAUGUACAGUACAUUUUGUGCUCAUAUUUAUGUACAUAGUAAAAUAAAGCUAUUCAAUU